CCUUCAACAUCGAGACAAGAUGUUGAAAAAAAAAACAGAAUCUGCUGAAGAUAAGAACAUGUUGGAUGAUUUGCUUUCUUUAUUAUCUAGUGUGGAAUUUGGAGGAUUUAUCGUUGAAACAUGUGCUCGUAAAUUUCACAUAAUUUAUUGCUCACCUUUACAAAAACAAACAUGGAAAGAAAUUUUUACAAAAUUGGACAACCCUCUAGUUUUAACAGUGAGUAAAGGUUACAUGGAAAACGUGAAAAUGUGUAAUCAUGAAACUGGAGAUAUUAUUUUAUAUUCUCUGGUAUUCCCUCUUGAUGGUGAUUGUAUUCCUUUAUUCCAAGUAGUGUCUGAAAAAACAGAUAAAUAUUUUAUUGAAUACAGCAUAAAAGAAUGGUUACGAUUAGAAAUACCUAGACCAAGUUCAGUCUUGAUACCACCUUAUAAGCCUGUGAUAGAAGGUGCUACUAAAGCUUUUAACCGGUGCUCCUUAGAUCAUUAUAUGUAUCAUUUACUCAGGAAAAAUGAAGGUAUAGGCUACUGCCUUACAGGACUUUGUUUUCUACGAUUUGAUAUCCUACCAAUAUUGUUGUAUAUAGAAAAAUUGGAUAAAGACGUCGUUAUACAAAAAUUUUAUGCUAAAUUCAUGUUUCACUUGAGUCUCUCAGAUGACUUAAAAACUUUCAAUUCGGAAGUGCAAAAGUUAUACGUUUUUAUGCUGAGCAAUCGUCGUAAUAAGUACUUGAUCGAUGAGCGAAAAAUUUUGGAUAUCAAGUUUCAAAUGAACCCAAAGAUUAAUACCCUUUUUGAGGAAUUUAAUAGCAUAAAAAAUUAUAAAAGCAAUGCAGGUUUUAACAUGAAUGAUGUUAUCGACGCUAGUAGCAGCACUUCAACUUAUAACUAUAUUAAAGAAAUCGAAUCCAAAGCCAAAGAACACUGCACUCCUUAUACAGGUGAUUUAAGAUUCAGAUCAAACACAUGUCACAUCGGAGAAAAACGAAUAGUCGCUUUUACAAACUUUUUAAGUUACUUUCCUUUCUGGACGAAUAUUUAUUCCAAGCCUGAAUCAGUUGACAGCUUUACUCAGUUAAAAACUUCGAAAGAAUACAAUGAAUUAUUAAGCAAUGACGACUGUUUUAGCGAUUGUGUAAAUUCUAACCGAUCACUCAGUUCUAAUCCUACUAAUGUGACGCACAGUGUCGAUUCUCAAGUGCCUAAUGUAUUAGAUCACAGAAUAUCUGGAUUCAAGGUUGAUGACUUUGUAAUUUCACAUUCAAAAUUAAUACAAGAGAAACUACUGAAGACUUCAGAAACGAUUAGUACUCUUAAAAAAAGGAAAGUCGACGACACAGUUCCUCAAGAUAAGCAACCAAAGCUACAAAAGUUGGAAAAAUCAAAGGAACCUGUAGAAAACUGGGGUGGCAAAGCCGACGUGCAGAAAAAAUCACGAAAUGAUUUGACUACAAUGGAUUUAUCCUACGAAGCUUCUGAAACGAAUCAGUUUCUCGAAAAUUGUGAAGAUCAAGGCAUUUUCCAAAAUACUACCGAAACUGAUAAGUUUUACAGUAAGCAUAUCUAUAAACAAUUACAAAAUUAUAUAUAUUUGCGAUUUGUAUUUAAUAUAUACUUAAUUUUUUUAAUUACAGAUUAUGAAAGUUUGGAAUCUUGCUUAAAGAUUAUUAACGAUGAUCACGAUUACUUUACGAUUUGUACGACUGCGAGCUUUGAUCAUACCAGUGAAAAUAUUUUGCAAAUCAGCAAUGAUAAUAUAAAUAGUGAAGUGCACGCAAUCACAUUCAAGAGUCCUGAAAGUACAAUAUCCUUUUCGAGCUCCACUUACAUUAGUGAUGGCAGAGAAGCGAGAAAAAUCCAUUCUACGACUGCCCAAAAUAUAACGCUCAUAUCAACGCCUACUUGUUUUGAUAACGGAAGUGAAUCGAAGACAUUGGAUUCGACUAUUGCUAAUAGUAUAUUGCCCAUCUCAACAUCUACACAAAUUGUAAAAAUAAAAACUGGGUUGGCAGAAACUAUGAGAGCAAAUAAGAAGUCAGAACUCAAAAACAAAAAAAAACAUCCAAGUACUAUAGACCAUUCAGAGAAGUUAGAGAGUAUUACAAGAAACAACGUAAACAAAUGUACAAGAGCAUUUUGAUCGAAAAUGGGUAGUGCAGAGUGUUCAUUUACAAAAGAAAAAGAUACGUUUAUGAAAAUACAAGUCCUUUUGAUAGCAUUAUCGAAGUUUUGACAAGAGCAAUCAGGUAUAGUGAUACCUUUAAACAAAAUUGCCAAGAGUUUGUGAAUGUGGAUGGUAACAACUUUUUGAAAAUGAUUCUGGAGUAUGCAGAGAAAAAUAACCAACGCAUGUUAUAUGAAAACAGAUGCAGGUUAUUAUUGCAACACGGAUUAAUUAACCGUCAUAAUUUUAUAACUCUUCGUACAGCGAUUACCACCCUAUUUCAAGAAUUGAUGGGAAUCCUGUACAGCUUUACCGAAACAUCUCGUUGUCAAUAUUGUAGAUUAAAUAUUGACACAAAUCACCACGUAAAGAAGAUUACUUCGCAAGAUCUGAACAUAUGUGAUUUACAAAAUCAUAUCAAACAGCCUAAUACUACAUCAAUUUGUCCUAAGUGUCAGAGGUGUAUGACAACCAACGUAAAAUUUCACCACUACUUAGCGAUUGAUUUAUCGGCUCAAAAAAAGGAUUUUGAUAUUACAAAACUGCCAAAAAUACUGUCUCUUGAACACAAUUAUAUGUUAGUUGGUUUGGUACGCGCAAUACUUCCGUUUAAAAAGCCCAAGCUCUACCAUUACAUUGCUUACAGCAGAACUUUGACAGAUUAUUGGAAAUCUUACAACAAUUUGAGUAAAAAAAGUAACGUGUCACCUAAAAAAAUAAUAAAUAUUAGUCUGUUAUUGUAUGUAAGAUAUAACUAGCUUGUAUCAUAAGUUUCAAAAUCACAAUAUUAUACUUAAUUUAAAAAAUCUUCCUGGCGAAUAAUAUUUACAACUUUAAUUUUGACUUGUUUGCUUAAUCUAAGUAGUUCAAUCUUCAGUAUCGACAACACUCCAUCACCUGCAAACAACAUUUGCACAGCUUUACUCAAGUUAAGCAACUGCUGAUCAGUAAUAGUUUGAUGCGUAUUUUCAUCUAAAGCAACAUUUUCUUUGAUAAUAGCUUGAAGCAAACUUGAGUAUAAGUCAUUUUGCCAAGCUAUUCCCUGUCUUCUAUUAUAAUUCAUAUUAGCAGCCAUAAUCAAGAACAAAUUAAGAUUGCUGAAUGUAACACAUUAAAGUAUUACUAAAAAUGUAUCACUUUCAUUACACUUAUUCUCAGUUAAUGGACAAAAAGAGAACGAAGAGAUUGAAAUGAUCUCAUAUACUGGUAUCUUUGGCAUGUUAGAUGUAAUGCUGAACUGUCUACAAUAAUAAAGAAAUCUUAGUCAAAAAUGCAACUAAUGUAAGAAGUGUACCUUGAAUUCUUAUUUCAUCAUUAAUUAUUUCUCACUGCAUGUCACUCACUAUGUGAAUAUAGUGGUUUGCUAGCGUAGACAGAUUUAUGUAAAUAUUUCACAAUAUACACUGCUGCCAGCAACUACUUUUAUUUAAUUUUUCAUGAACAAAAGGGAGAGAAAAUUUUUUACAAUGAUAUUCGUGAAGAGCAUUGAAAACCCUUGAGGCUAGUAUUUUUUGUUGCUAUAUUUUUAACUUAUGGUUGCUAAAUCCACGGAGCUAGUGCUGGGCACCUGGCUGUAAGCAUUACAAUGUCAGAGAGCGUUGUAAGUUUUAUAGAUUUCCAAAGGAUCCAAAAGUAAGAAGCAAAUUGAUAAAGCUAACAAGAAGAACAACAGAACCAGGUCCAGGAGCUUUUUUGUGUAGUUGUCAUUUUGUAGAUGGAAAAAAAUUAAAUGGGCCAACCAUUUUUUUACACAAUGAAGGAAAAAUGUUUCACGACCAAUAUCCCCAGAAAAAGAAAAGACCACUUAAAGAUGGGUUGGAAUUGCAAAUUGAACCACAAGCAUCUACGUCAAAAGAAACAGACGACUUCUCUCAAAGCAACCAUGUUAUGACAGAAGCAGAAAACUAUUUCUUACGACAAAGUCUAGAAAAAGCUACAGGUAGUCUCUCUCACUUAUCAGAAACAUUCUCCUUUGAUCAUAUUAGGAGUGAUAAUAACAGAUGUAUUCAUGGCUCUGUAUCAUUUGUUGGAAAAAAAUGAAAUAAGAUAUUAUUUUAAAUGGAAGGUAGAAAAAAUGAGAAAAAUUGAUCAGCUGCUCAUGACUUUGAUGAAAUUGAAACAAAAUUUUCCACAUCAAGAUUUAGCAGUAAGGUUUAAUGUUUCACAAGGCACAGUCUCAAAUGUUGUAACAACAUGGGUGCAUGCCUUGCAUGAAAUUUUAUUCAAACAAUUCAUGUCUGAAAUACCAGAUAGAAGUAAAAAUCAGUUGUGCUUACCAAACUGUUUUAGUAGUUUCACAAAUUGUAGAAUUAUAAUAGAUUGUACGGAAGUUUAUACUUGUAUAAAUCGCCAAAGUAUGUCUUCCCAGAAGUUGACGUACAGCUCAUAUAAGCAUAGAAAUACAUGCAAAGGAUUAGUAGGUGUUGCACCAAAUGGUGUAGUUACAUUUUUAUCAUGUUUAUAUCCAGGUUCAACAUCAGACAAAAAAAUUGUCAAAGAUUGCGGAAUCUUAAAUCAACUUAAACCUGGAGACUUGGUAUUGGCAGAUAAAGGAUUCCUAAUUAAAGAUUUAAUGCCUCCCGGAGUUCAUAUUAACAUUCCCCCAUUUCUUACAACUCCUCAAUUCACUACAGAACAAGUUCAUCAAACUGAAGGUGUUCAAUAUAUUAAAUUUAAUUCCACAUUCUUUGUUACCACAUGCUGAUGCUGUGUUUCAGGUAGUAGGGGCUUUAACAAACUUGCAGUAUCCUUUAAUUAAAGAAGUUGGACAACUUUAUUAUGAAGGGAUUCAAAAGAUUGAUCAUAUCGUUAGAUUUUGUAUAAAUAGUUUUUAAGUCUUAUGAACCUAUUUAACUUGUAAAACAUGUUUAUCUUUGCAUUGUAUCAACUUGUCUGUAAUAUAUACAUUGUUAUUUUAAA